CUGUUUCACUAUGCUAGCUCGUCAUCGCUCUCGUUCGUUCGAGGACUUGAUAUCGACGACUCGGCGAAGCGCGCCGCGGCGUCGAUUCUCGCUUUCCCCCGCGACCAUGGGUGACUCGUUUGACCUUAUGAUUCUGCUCUCGCUAACUGCAAGUACACUGACUCCAUCGCAAUUAGAGUGCCCGGAUUCCACUGCAGAUCGGCGCGUGCCCAUUCGCUUAAAAGAGCUGCUUUGUCAGUAUAUUAUAUCUCGUAAGUCUUGUUAUGAUAUUCGGCGUUGCACACCGACAAACAAAGAAAAUUCCUAUCACGAGGGCGGGAUGAUGAAGCCAGCCUGAGAGCAGCUCUUUUGUGGAGUCUUGCCUCGAGGGUCGUUGGUAAGCCUUUUAGCUGACAAAUGCUCGGAAGGCCGGCAGCCGCGGGCAUCGAAACCUGGAAGCGAUGGCGACAAUCAAAGUUUGCAGCGCACGGGCAGGGUUCCGACGCAUCGCGAGCCGCAUUUUGCAGUCCGAGGACGCGCCAUCGACAUUUCCGUCGCUCCACAAAGACUCAUGCAUGCAGCACCCCAGGACACUUAAGGAUGAAUGUAACGCGUAGUUUAUUCCACCCGAUCUUGGAAGCAGCAGGUACCAAGCGAUUUGGGACUCUGGGAAAAGACGCCUCGCCUAGAUGAUGUGCUUACAAUAUCAAUGCUUACAGAGCAGACAGGCAGGAUCUUGAUCUUUCCGAGAGACUCCAGCUCCCUUUCCACAUCCGCAAAACCUCGUCGUCGACAUCUCUUCCGCCUCUUGCGCACCAACCAUGUCUCACGGCAAGCAGUUCACUCUCUUCUCUCACAAAGGUGGUCCGAACGGGUGGAAGGUUGCCUUCAUCUUUGAGGAGCUCGGCCUGACCUACGAGUCUAUCUACUUCGACUUUCAGAAGAAUGAGCAAAAAGCUCCGGAGUUCACCAAGUAUAACCCUAACGGACGCAUCCCUGCAAUCAUCGAUCACGGCAACAACGACUUCGUGGUCUGGGAGUCCAACGCGAUCACCCAGUACAUCGUCGACAAGUACGACAAGCAGCGCAAGCUAUCGAUCGCGCCGGGCACCGAUGAUUACUAUGCCCAGCUCCAGUGGUUGUACUUCCAGGCGUCCGGCCAGGGCCCGUACUUUGGUCAGGUCGGCUGGUUCACCUUUUACCACCCGGAGAAGGUCCCGAGCGCAGUGGAGCGGUACAGGAACGAGACCAAGCGUGUGUUCGGUGUGCUCGAGAGUGUGCUGUCGAAGCAGGAGUGGCUUGUCGGCGAUAGGCUGACCGUCGCGGAUAUCUCCUUUGUCCCAUGGAACAUCGCCGCCACGACGCGCCUCCUCGAGAACUUCGAAUUUGAGAAGGAGUUCCCUGCCACCGCCAAGUGGCACAACAAGCUUUUCGAGCGUCCGGCCGUCAAGAAGGUCUGGGAGGAGCGUGAGAGGCUGCUCGCUCAGCAGUAAACAGGAUGCAGGACUGUGCAGGGUCGUACUCUCACACUGCAACACAAUAGUUUACUGAAUAAAAUACGUGCACCAUGCUGAUCU